GGAAUGAUGACAUAAUCUUUGCAGCAGGAAGGGAAUCUGAUUUAAUUGGUCCUCAACUCGUGGCUCAGUCAUUUCAUUCAGGGUAAGUGGAGUUAGCCAACCCCGGAGCAGGUUAGUUCUGAAGGAUUUGUUGCCAUAGAAAUGUACCUUGCUAAAAGGUGUGCCCCUUUCUUUUUACCGGUUAUACAGAGUUAAACUCAGUUGAUCAAAGUUACCUCUCGAACUGCUCAAACUUGCUUCGGAGGAUAGCCCUCUGGUCCAUAGACUGCUUACAAGGUAAGAAAACCAAUGUGUAAUUUUUUUAAUUGGGUGAACUAUCCCUUUAUAAUGAUGGGGGAUUCUUAAACAAAAAAAAUCUAAUCACCUAAUAGCAGGAACAGCACCACCUAUUGGUCAGAUCAGGAUUUAGGAUGGGACAUAAACCCAACAACUUCAAUAACCAAUUUCUUUGAAUAGGCGAGACAUUUUUGGGGGGGACCAUUUUUUUGGAUUUAUUUAUUUAUUUAUUUUUAUUUCUCAUGUCUAACUCAUCAGAUGUUAGGAUUCAUAUAAUGUUGUUAAAUAUAGCACCUAUAAAUUGACAAUUUGGGUGCAAUCAAUUAGCUUAAUUUAGCAGAUAUUCAUUUAUAUUUCAACAAAUUAAUGUUGUAGGAAUGCUAAACUUGUAUUUUUCUGUUGACAGAAAUUAUUUCAGAACAAUCUGAGAUGGUGGUGUCAAACCUCUUUCUUGUGCUUUUUGAGGUGGAAUGAUUCACUUGGACAUGGGUGAAACGCAUGCUACUUUGUGUUUGGUGACAGCUGAGCAAAUUAUUGCAAUUUUCUGACCUGUGGCUGGAUCAACAGACAAAAAAUCACAAGACCUAUGACCACACACUCAAGGAAAAUAUCCCUCCAUUUAAGUUCACAGCACAAGGGAAAGAGGAGAGUUGUUGUCUAAGUUUACCUUUGGGUAGAGACUAUGAGAGGAAGAAACAGAAGUUACAUCAAGAGCUCCGUCUGGACUACAGACACUUCAUGGCUCAGGAGCAGAUUGCCUUUCUCAGAGUUCCUCCAGACCUCCCUGAUGUUCACUGCAGCCCCAGACCCCCGGUGCACCCUAAGAGGGUCCCCUCUAGGAGAGAGACAGCCACGCUGACUGAAGGCAAGAGGGGGCUGCACAGGGGAGGACACUUCCUGGUGGAGGGCAGUGUGAAGGAGGGCCUGAGGCCUGAGGAUGAGCUGCUCCUUCCUAGAGAGAAGGCCAGGCUGGUGAGAGUGGACUAUGACUCUGAGGAGGACCUCACAGAGGAAGAUCUGGAUCUUAUGGAGAGGAGGCGGCUCAGACAGACGGGGUCUGAGAGAGGAGAAGAGAGGAGGCGGCUAAGAAGACACUACAAAACGGACUUCAGGGACAUAUCAAGGCUCAGGGACAGGAGAGUUGAGCUGCCUGACGACUACACAGAGACGCGUCAUUAUGCAGACAGGAAGGAGACUAACGGGUCUGUUGUUCCCGAUGAGGAUUACUUAGAGGCACGCUGGGGGACAUCAUCUCUAACCCCCAAAGCCAAGCUGCAGGUACCAGCAGGGAUGAAACCCAAUGGAAGAUCCAGAUCCUCUACCAAGAAGGACGAGCCCGAGUUUGCUACCGGACUAAUGAUUGGGGCUGCAGAUGCAGAUGCUGCCUUGCAGAGAAGGAAGGAGAGGUACAGGCAGGAGCUGCAGGAGCAGAUAGCUGAACAGCAGAGGAAUAAGAAAAGAGAGAAGGAUUUGGAGCUCAGAGUUGCUGUGACAAGGUCGACUGACCCGGAGAAACAGGCAGAUUGGAUCAAACCGCUUGGGGCAGUGAAUGGUGGCGACCAUGCCAGAAAGAGAAAUGACAGCUUUUACCCACCAGGCCAAGGUGUGGACGUACCAGGUGAUGAGUUAAAUGGGAGACCCAGUGAGGAGAGCCGAGAGAGGCUUCCCCCUGAGCAGCCCCGCGUGGCCUUCCAGUCCCCCCUGCUGGAGUACAGCCAUGCCCUGGGCCUCAGCAGUAGAGGCAUCUCCCCUUACAGCCAGGCCAUUCACAGGAACAUGGACACCCCCAGGAUUCCAGGUUUCCUUCCUCAUCCACCAUCCACAUUGGCAGAUGCACAUAGAAGUCCCUAUGACAAGGUCUACCUCUACCAUGGAGCAAGGAAUCCACUGGACCCUAACCCGGCCAACUAUGGUCAGAUCCUGCUGACAGGAGGGGGGCAGCCUGUGUCCUACCUGAGCCUCCCUCCUCCAGGGCCUCACCCCAGCCAGGCACAGCACAGCCCUCCCAGUCAGCACAGUGGGAGCAGCCAUCCAGAGCCCCCUCCACACAGACCUGCCAGUGACGCUGCUAUCAUGGGUUCAGGGAUUGGAGGAUUUCCUGCCGAGCAGAUCAAGCCAUCUAAACAGUGUGUGUUAAGUUACAAGGAGGCACUGAGACAACAGGGAGACACCAGGAAAGGGAGCAGUCAGCUUUUUUGCCAGAUCCAGGAUAGACAGGAGCGGCGGAGGCUGGACAGGGAGGAGAGGGAUCGGUACGAGGCCAAGCUGGAGGCCGACAUGAAGAACCACGACCCCUGGGGGAGAGGGGGAGGAGGAGCACCCCUCAGAGACAGCAGGGGCAACCUCAUCACCGAUCUGCACCAGAUGCACAAGCAUAAUGAGGAGGCCUACAUCAACCCUGAGACAUGGCAGAAGAUGGCGACAGCCACCAUGACAGUACUCCGAGAGGAGGACACCAGACCUCCCUCCACCCACAGAGUCUCAGGUUUUGUUCAGGCUCCUUUGUUUGCCAGAGGCAGUGUUUUUGGUAACCGGCCCACACCACAGCAAGUCCACGAACAGGACAAGCACAAGGCUUACCUCAAACAACAGAUUGAAGAGAAGCGGAAGAAGGAGGCGGAGGAGCGAGAGAGCCAGAGGCUGGAGGAGGAGAAGGAGGAGAAGAGGCUGUUUGAGCAGAGGGAACGCAUCCAGAGAGAGUAUGAAGAAGAACAGGACAGGAAGAAGCGCAAGGAGAUGGAGCAAAAAGCCAAGAAUGAGCAGCUGAUCCGUCUGGCUGAGGAGCGAAAGAAGGAGGUGGAGAGGAAGAAGAAAGAGGCAGAGGAGAAGGAGAACUCUGCCCUGAGGAAGCAGUAUGAGAAGGAGAGACAAGCACGUCUAGAGGAGGUACCAAGGGAGCCGUCUCCCCCCAUCCCCACCCUCCGGAAGAGGUAUCAGGCUCCCCAGUACACCCCCAGACCUCCGUCCAUGGACAGCCGUCGCUCUACUGCCGUCUCCCUGUCUGAGCAUUCUCUAUCAGGGCUCCAGUCCCCUCCAGUCCCAGCCCGCUGGAACCAGCUGAGAGCUGCCGAAGACCAGCGGGGUGUGAUCAGUGAACUGUCGGUGCUGCGCAGACAGCUGCGUAGCGAGCAGAAACGCCUGGAGGUCCAGCUACUGCAGUCAGAGUGGGAGGAGCUGGGCUCACCUAUGAGUGAUAGGCUGACCGAUACUGUGUCCAGGCUCAGGGACAGGCCCCAGGUGGAUGUGUUUGACAUGGCCAGACUGCGGCUGCAGGCCCCUGUCAGGAGACCCUCCUCCAGGAACACAGAGCCCAACUCCCUGCAUAGGAUCCAUGACUCCCUACAGCUCCGAUACAGAGAUGUUGAUUCCAGAGAGGAGGAAGGUCAUGGUUACUGUGAGCCCCCUAGGGACAGAGCUGGACAGAGGGUGGACAUCCAGAGACGGGCUGGUUACAGGGUGCAGCAGCGCAGGAUCAACAGCCUGAGAGAACCUGUUGACGAUUGUUUUGACCUGGCACCACCCCAGCAACAAGACCAUUACUUGAGGAAUGCAGUGGGGGAUCCUAUGAGAGGUUCCCUGUUGGAGUCUGACAGUGCCUUCAUUGAUCCCAUGAGGGAAACCUUUCCAGUGCCCCCCACACCUGAGCAGAAGCCCCAGAUCUCAGCCAGGGAGAGGAGGCGGCUGGCCAAGAGGGCAGACCUGCACAAUGAACGGGUGUGCACCAGAGAGCCUGUGGACCAGCCAGAGAACUACUCCCACCAGUCAGAGACCAGUCUCAACACUGAGCAGCAUGGCAGAGGGCAUAACCACCAUAGGACCAAGAGGCUGCCGGCUAUGAGCCGCGGAACAGCAGACCUGUCUAGCGAUGAAGAUGCGUCUCCGCAGGUUUCCCCUCGUGCCCCAGAACCCCGGGGCUCAGUGGAUAUGGUUGCCAUGGAGCCCUGGAUCAGACCAGGCACCUCAGAGACUCUGAAGCGCUUAAUGACCGGUCAGACCCCCCAAGGGGAGAGGCUGAGCAGCAGAGAGUCUGCCGUCCAGGACUGGGAAAGCCCCUCUACCCAUCAUAGCUAACCUUACACCCCCCCGGGUUGUACUAUUGAUAUUACAGUUUUUCUGCACAAAAAAUAAUAACAAACAUUUUUGUGCAGACAAACUCAGUUGUAUUGCAACUGUUGUCAAACGCUUUGUACAUCAGCUGUACAACCGAGUGUUUUAGGGGGCCUACGUUUAUACACUGCCAUCAUUUGGCUUGAUGCAUCUACGUCAGUGGUCAUGAAGACACAGUAUCUCCUCAACACAGAAGGCUCAUCUGCUUUAGCUUCAAGAUUGAUGUUGACUAACUUAGCCCUUUGCUUUUGUAUCAUGGUCUACCUCUGAAAAUGCCUCUUGUUAAUUUGCAAUGCAGAAUUAAGCUUCUUGUGAAAAACGCAUAGAUUGUACCUUCAUGAAAAAUAUGCAGAUUGUCUGAGAAUGGUAGGCAACUCCAUUCCUAUAAGGACAGUGUGUGCAGGCAUUUUCUCCAGUCAAGCACUAUUGAAGUUGAUUAGUUAAAUCAGUUAAGCCUGCCUGUUGCCAUCCUCUGAAAGGCGUAUUAGAAAGUGAUCUAGGGUUGCCUUAGCCUGAUGUCCUGAACUGUUCCAAAGACUAAUAUUUAUUCAUUGUAUAAUAAUGGCACUACCUUUAAUGUAAAUUGUGUUAAUGGCAUGUUUUAAAAUAUGUGAAACUGUGACCUCAUUUUCAACCUAAUUAAAUUAUUUUAGAUAAAGUUUUGUUCAUUCUGUUCACCUGAUAGCUGUUUAAAUUUGCAUUCAGGAAAAUAGGGUCUCUUGUAACAGCAUAGUGAUGUACCUGAAAAUCGUCUGUCAACAAAGUUACUUCUAUUGCAUAUCAAUGCAGUAUUCUCAUUAGUCAGAGUUGAUCUAACAAAAAUGUAUGUAUAGCUCGUUCCCCAAUGUAACUGACACUCAAGACACUUUAACCUAAACAUUAUCCUCAAAUGUGCAUCUUGAUUUCACAGGUGGCUAAGUGGAGA